CCAAACUAAACAACUCCCCCGAAUAGUCCGCUUCUCCCUCACCUCACCUAAUAAUAAAUUCUUAAAAAAAAAAAAAAACCCAUUUUCGUAAACUCGGAUCCGCUCUGCGCCGUCGGAUCUCAUCAUGAUGGAUGGACGGUGCAGAAUCAAAGUCUGACCGCAAGUACGAAAACAAGGAGAAAAGAAAAAUGGUGGGUCGGAAGGAAUAAUGAUUAGGCCUUGAAGCUUUGACUGAAAGCGGAAAUUGGGACAAAAAAUAAGAUAGAGAGAGAGAGUUUCUUGUCUGAAAGAAGAGGUUUUUCCUGUCAUUUAUUUGGGAUUUUUUUUUUUUUUUGGGUUUCUUUUGGAAUUGCUUUUUUCCCCCUUUAUUUCUAUCCUACAUCUCUCUCUCCCUCUCUCUCCUUUGUUUCUAUACCGAAAGCAGGGAAGAGGGCGAGGGAGGGAGCUUGAAAAGAGAUCACAAGCUUUGUUAAUUUCCCCCUUUCUUGUUUUCUGCCCAUUGUUGGAUGAAGGGUUGAUCGACAAUCUGUUUUCUUGCUUGGAUUGGAGAGUGAGGAGAGGAGAGGAGGGAGAGAGAGCAAGGGGAAAGGAGAAUUUUUUUUAUAUAUUUUUCUUUUACCUGAAAUAAAAAUCCCAUCUUGGGAUUUUGAUUGGUGUUGUUGGGUUUACUUUGAAUUGGGUGGUAAAAUGAAUAUGAUGCGUCGGCUGAAGAGCAUUGCUUCGGGGCGCACAUCCGUUUCAGAUCAUGGUGGGGAUUCUGGCAUUAAAAGGGUGAAGGUGGAACAAGGAGAUGUGGACGGUGAGCUGCCUGCAGAGUCGAACUCUACGGAAGCUGUUGCAGUCGCAUCAGACGUGCAUGAGCUACCGAAAGAGUUGCACGAAAUGAAGAUUCGAGGGGAUGGAAACGAUGACCAUGAUAACAGUGAUAUGGAGCCAACUGUUGUUAGUGGCAAUGGAACUGAACCCGGUCAGAUAAUCGUGACCUCAAUUGGUGGCCGAAAUGGAGAACCAAAACAGGUGAUGUCUUAUAUGGCAGAACGCGUGGUGGGAACUGGUUCAUUUGGAGUUGUAUACCAGGCUAAAUGCCUUGAGACGGGGGAAUCUGUUGCCAUAAAGAAGGUUCUACAGGAUAGGAGAUACAAGAACCGGGAACUGCAGAUGAUGCGCUUGCUCAACCAUCCUAAUAUUGUUCAGCUGAAGCAUUUCUUCUAUUCGACUACUGACAAGAACGAGGUGUACCUUAAUCUUGUGCUGGAGUUCGUCCCUGAAACUGUUUAUCGGGCUACGAGGCAGUAUAGCAGAGUCAACCAGUACAUGCCCAUCUUAAACGUGCAGAUUUACGUGUAUCAGAUCUGCCGUGCACUAAAUUAUAUGCAUAGAAUUAUCGGAGUUUGUCAUCGGGAUAUUAAGCCUCAGAAUCUGCUGGUGAAUUCUCAAACUCACCAGCUUAAGCUUUGUGAUAUGGGAAGCGCAAAGAUAUUGGUACCUGGUGAACCAAACAUCUCGUAUAUUUGCUCUCGUUAUUACAGGGCUCCCGAACUGAUAUUCGGAGCUUCAGAGUAUACUACUGCUAUUGAUAUGUGGUCCGUUGGUUGUGUCAUGGCCGAGAUGCUUUUAGGACAGCCUAUAUUUCCCGGUGAAAGCAGCGUUGAUCAGCUUGUUGAAAUAAUUAAGGUUUUAGGGACUCCAACAAGAGAGGAAAUCAAGUGCAUGAAUCCAAAUUAUAGUGAAUUUAAGUUUCCUCAGAUUAAAGCCAACCCAUGGCACAAGGUGUUUCACAGGAAAAUUCCAGCUGAAGCAGUGGAUCUUGUAUCAAGGUUACUCCAAUACUCACCAACGCUACGAUUCACAGCGUUGGAGGCUUGCGCGCACCCCUUUUUCGAUGACUUGAGAGAUCCUAAUACUUGCUUGCCAAAUGGCCAACCAUUACCUCCUCUCUUCAAUUUUACAGCAGAAGAACUGGCCGGUGUGCCUUCGGAACUGCUCAAACGCCUCAUCCCCGACCACGCCAAGAAGUGAAGCACGGGUAUAUUAACGAGACGAGGUUGCUGUAUAUGUUGUGGUGAGCUUAAAGAUGAAGAUGUUUGAGGGAAUCAUGUGAUGAUUGUAGUGAUUCUUGUAUAUGGAUUUGCAUACAGUUGGGUAUUAGAUCAUAUAUCCAGUUUGCAGGGUAUCCAUGCUGCAAAUGGAACCCUCCAAACUGGAUAAAAUUUUACAAGAUUUUUAGGUACAUAUUUUUUCCAAA